AUGCAUUUAAAAAACCAUUUUUACCUUUCAGAAAAAAAAGACACCGAAAAAAUUGUUAAUAAAUAUUCACACUUUGAUAAUUCGAUAAUAAAAAAAAUCUACGCUUUUUCUAAAAAUAAAGAUGAGAAAGUUGUAGAUAAUUUUGAUUGUGCGUUCGAAAUUCUGAAUAACGUUUAUAAUAUAGAAUUACCGAUAUUAUAUAAAAUGUUUGAUAUAAAUGAUAUUUGUGUAUCUUUAAAGUUGAAAUUGCAAAUAAAAAAUAACAAUGAAGGAUCAAAUCAAAAUCAUUUUUUAUAUUUCGAUAUAAAUCCAGGAGGAAUCAUGUCCAAAAAUCAGGAGAAAAUUUAUUAUGAGUAUAAAUUUAAUGGGGAUAAAGAUGACGAGGCGUUGGAAAAGAUGUCAAGGGAACAAAAAAUGAAAUACUUUUCUUCUGUGUCGUGUAAGCUGGCAGGUAAAGUCAUAGAAUACAAAGAAUCAAAGUAUAGAUUGAUAAAAGUACUUCAGUCAGCUAUAUAUGGAAGUGUUUAUUUAUCAGAAGUUUUUGAAGGUAUUGGUAACGGUUUAGUAAGGGGAUAUAAAGCUAUAAAAAUAUUGUCUAAGCAUCUUAUAGAGAUGGCUAAGGAUAGAGUACAAGAAGAUCCAUUAUCUGAAUAUUAUUAUAGAGAUAGUAUGAGUGGUCAUAGUAAUAUAUUAAGUUGUGAUAACAUUUUUGAUGACAAUUUAUAUAUAUAUAUGGUGAUGCCAUUUGCUAUACAUGGAGAUUUAUUUGAGGUUAUGAAAAUUCGGAAUAAGUGUUUUUCUGAAGAAGAAGCAAGGUAUUUAUUUCAUCAGAUAUUAUUAGCUAUUAGAUAUUUACAUUUAAAAAAAAUGGCAUUAAGAGAUAUAUCUUUAGAAAAUAUUCUUUUAUUUGAAAAUGAAGAGAAUGGAUUAAUAUAUCCAGUUUUAAAUGAUCCAGGACAAGCAAUAUAUUUUAAUGUAAAUAAAAAAAAUCAUGUAAUAUUAGAAGAUUAUAAAAAAAUGUUUGGUAAAAUAUUUAGACCUCCUGAAAUUUAUUUGAAAUCUAAAUAUGAUCCUACAAAGAUAGAUAUAUUUUGUGCUGGCUAUAUUCUUUAUUUUUGCUUAACAAAGCGUGAACUUUUUAAAUCUUCAUCAGAAAAAGAUAAUUAUUGGAGAAUGUUUAAACAUAAAAAUUAUAAACAAUUAUUAAAAGAAAAGAAAGGAUUACAUUUAUCAAAACAAGUUAUUGAUUUAAUUUUUAAUUGCUUACAUCCAGAUUUUCAUAUGAGGUAUAAUAUAAAUGAAGCUCUCAAUCAUGAUUGGUUCAAAGGAAGUAUAUUCCCUCUACACAAUUUUAAUUUAUAUAUAAACAAAGAUGAUAAUAAUAAGAAGAAGAACAACAACAAUAAGAAAAAUAAUACAUGUAAUAAUAAAACAAAUACAAAUCAUAUAUGUAAUAAUAAAACCAAUACAAAUCAUAUCUCUAACAAUAAUGAUGAGGAAAGGAGAAAAAAUUUGUCUUCUUUAAAACUUUCUCUUCAAAUAGAAAAAUAUGCCAAAAAAAAUAAUAUCCCUAUAUAUCCUGAUUCCAUUCUAGAGUUUUAUAUUUAUGAGCAUAUAUUUUUCUCUUCCAUAGAUAACUUAAUAAAUGAAAAAAAGAAUGAGUCACCAAAUAAAUUAUUUCCUUCACAUAAUAAGAUAAAUAUGGUAUAUAAAGAAAAUCGGGGGGAUGAUAAUAAAAAAAAAAAUACUUUAUUAUAUAAAAAUAUGCAUGUGCCAGUUCAUUUAACACAUAAUAAUAAUAAUAAUAAUAAUACCAACUGUGUUGUUUCCAAUUUUAAAGAGAAAAAAAAAAUUUGCAAUAAUCAUAAAAAUAACAAUAAUUUGGAGAGCACCAAAAAUAAGAAUGCUGUUAUGAUUGAAAAGGAAAAACAUAUGAAUGCUCAGGAUAAUAUAAUAUCUAUAAAACCAUAUGAUGAAAAUCUUAUAAAAAUGCAAACUAUAUAUAUGAAUAAAGGAUGUAAUGUUCGAGGUAGUGUAUACACAAAUGUAUGUGAAAGAAAUAUCGAACGUUUUAAUAUGAAUAAUUAUUGUGGCAAAAGAUUCGUAGAUGAGAUAGAUAUUUACAAUAAUAUAUAUCAUAAUGAUAAUAAAAAGGGAGAAUGUGAUAAAAAAAAUAAGACUGAUGAUAAAAAAAAUAAGACUGAUGAUAAAAAAAAUAAGACUGAUGAUAAAAAAAAUAAGACUGAUGAUAAAAAUAAUAAGACUGAUGAUAAAAAAAAUAAGAUUGAUGAUAAAAAAAAUAAGAUUGAUGAUAAAAAAAAUAAGAUUGAUGAUAAAAAAAAUAAUAUUAAUGAUAAAUUAAAUUAUAAUAUGUGCAAUGGAUUUAUAAAAUCUAAUGGUGAUCUUAACGAGACGUUCAAAACUAAUAUUCUGAACAGUUAUCAAAAAAGUAUUUACAAAUUCAUAGAAUUAAAAACAAAGGAAAAGAGAAUAACACAUAUGGAUAUAAUAUCUGAUGAGAAUAAAAAGGAUACUUCUCUGAGUGUUUUAUCAACUAAAGAAAUGGCAAGUAUGAAAAAGGAGGAUUCAUCGUUUUUAAAUAAUAAAAGGGAGGUAGACUUGGAAGGUCAUGAUCAUAUGCUAGAUAUUUUUAGAGAAGAUAAAAUGACAGAAAUUAAAAAUGGGGUGGAUAAACAUGACAUUAACAAUAAAAUAAAUAAUAAUAAUAAUAAUAAUAGUAAUAAUAAUAAUUAUUAUUAUAGUAGUAGUUGUUGCUAUGAUAGGGGGGAAGACAAAAUGAAACCAAUUACAAAGAACAAUAUUUUGAUAAACAAUAUGAGGGGCAUAGAUAACUAUAUAGAUACUAAUAGACAUGAUCUAAUCAUAAAAGAAGAUAAUAAUAAAUUACAACAGAAUAAUAUAUCUUCAAACGAUGACACAUUAAAUGAAUAUUCGUCAUUUGUAGGUAGUUUAAAUAUGAACACACAGAUAUUGAAAAACAAAUUAUUAGAGAUGAAAAAAAAAAAUUAUUUAAGUAUGAACGGGCAUGAUAAAAUGUUGAAGGAUUCAAGUGAAAGGACAAAUAAAAUUGUCAACAAAGAGAAUGAUGUUGUUAUCAAUAAGGAGAAUCAUCUUGUUUCUAAUAAUAAGAAUCAUAUUUUUUGCAAUAAUAAGAAUCAUCUUGUUUGCAAUAAUAAGAAUCAUCUUUUUUGCAAUAAUAAGAAUCAUCUUGUUUCUAAUAAUAAGAAUCAUCUUGUUUCUAAUAAGAUAGAAAAAUAUGUAGAUGCUUUAUCGUCACAUAUAGCAACAGACAGUAUGAGAAAAAGAAAGUGCGAAUUAUUAUCAUUCCAAGACAAUUCUAUGAAUAUAUCAAAUUUAGAUACUUCACAGUUUGAAAUAAAUCUUUCUCAUAGCGAGAUACAAAAUGAAAUGUGUAAAGAAAAUAGUUUUUUUAAAUAUCAGCUAGAAAAUAAACUAGUCUUAGCAUUAGAAAAAGAAAUAAAAGAUGAAGAAAAAAAUUUGCAACAUGAAUUAGAUGAAAGUAAUUCUUAUAUAUUUAUAGAUAGUGUUGACAAAGGAUUAUUAAAUAAAAAACAAAGUAGAGAUAUUAAAAAUAUUAAAGAUAUUAAAAAUAAACAAUGUUUGUAUGCAAAUAAAGAUACCUAUAUAUUAACAUAUAAAAAUGACAAAUGUUUAAGAAGGAAAAAAGAGAUAUCACAAAAUAAAUUAGUUAUAAAAAAGAAAAGGACAAAAAUUAAAAGUAAUGAGAAAAAAAGAAGAAUCAAUUGUUUUUUAAAAUUAUAUAAAAGAAAUAAUAUAAAAGGAAUAUUCAUAGAGAUACAGCUUGGAAAUUAUGUAGAUGUGAAAUUGUGUAAUUUGAAUGAUAAGACUGUUAUAUUAAAAAAUGAAAUAAAAGAUAUGACAAGAGGGGAAGAAUAUUUGGAUUUUUUAAAAAAAGAUGAUAAUACGAAUAAUAUGAAUAAUAUUAAUAAUAUGAAUAAUAUUAAUAAUAUCAAUAGUAUCAAUAGUAUCAAUAAUAUCAAUUGUAUCAAUAAUGAACAGGUGGUGAUAAAAAAAAAAAGAGAAUCGAAUAAUAUAACCCCCCAAUGUAAAUAUAAUAAUAAAAAGAAUUAUUGUAAUAAUAUUUUUGGAGCUCAUUCAUUACAAAAUAGACAUACGAUUACACCAGAAGUAUCAUCUAAAUUUUUAUUUACUAGUAUGAAAAAUUAUUUUCAUAAAUCUAACAAUUCAAUGGGUAUAAACAAAACAAGUGGUUCUAAUAUUUUUAGACAUACCAUGUGUGUGGUAAGUGAUAUAAAAGAUAAAAAUAAAAAUAAAAACAAAAAUAAAAACAAAAAUAAAAAAGAUACAAAUAAAAACAAAAACGAUACAAAUAAAAACAAAAACGAUACAAAUAAUAUUAAUUAUAAAGAACAAACAUCCAAACCUUUAACUAAUAAAUUGUUCAUAUCAAAAAAAGAAGGUGAUAGUCAUAUUGCAUCAUCCAAUAAAAGGAAUGAUGAUAAUAUAAAGGUGAUAAAAAAAAUUAAUGCAUCAGUUCAAAAUGUAAGUGAAAAAAGAAAUAAUCAUAAUAAUAAUAUAAAUAUACAAGGAGUUAAAAACAAAAGUAAAUAUAUUCUAUCAAAAACAGAUUCUAUGAAAAUAAAGGGGAUUCAUAAAAAUAAAAUUAACGAUAAAUUAUUCAAAAAGGAGAUAAAGAAAAAUAUUAUUUGUAAACAAAAAAAGGGGAAGAAUAAAGGACACAUAAAAAUAAAUAAAGAUAAUAUUAACAUAUUUAAAGGAGAAGCAGAUCAUAGUGAACAACCUAGUUGCCAUUUGAAAGAUAUCAAAAAAAAUAAAAAUAAAACUAAAACUAACGAUAUUAGUAAUAGUAAUAGUAAAUGUAAUAGUAAUAUUUUGGAAGAAUAUAAAGAGGAAGAUAGAAAUAAUUAUGAUAUUAUUCAAGAAUCUGGAAGUGAUCUAUAUGUAAGUUGUGAUGAGGGUUGUCAUAAAAAUGGAGAUAUAUAUAACAUGGAAAUUAUAAAUAAUGUGAAUAAUAUAUACAAGAUAAAUAAAAAUUAUAAUGGUAUGGAUUAUAAAGAUAACUCCUCAAUGGAGAAUGAUAAAAAUCAGAUGAAAGAUGAAAUUAAACUAUUACUUUCCUCGUCCUCAGAAAAAAAAAAAAAAAAAAAAAAAAAUACAAAUACAAAUACAAAUACAAAUACAAAUACAAAUAAACCAUUAACAAUAACAAGUAGGAAGACAAUAGCUUACCCAAUUAGUGAGAAGAAAAAUAAUGUAAAAAAUAAAUUGCCUAUUUCAAAAAGAAAUACAUAUGUAACAUAUUAUAAUGUGGAUGAUAUAGAGAAUAAUAAAAAAAAAGGAGAGGAUCAAAAAAAAAUCAGGAGUGAUAAUCAUGUAGGGCUAGAAAAGUUUCUGAAUGAAAUGUCUGAAAUGUUUGAAAAAAAAAAAAAAAAAAUUAAAAAGAAUAAUAUAAAUGAAAAUAUAAAAAAAAUGAAUAAUAUAAAAAAAAUAAAUAAUAUAAACAAAAUAAAUAGUAUAAAUAAUAUAAACAAAAUAAAUAGUAUAAAUAAUACAAAUAAUAAUUGUGUGAAAAAUAAUGUAAAGACAUAUCAAGAGGAAAAAAAAAAAAUAAAGAACAAUGUUACUGUUUUAAGGAACAAAUUAAAUGACAAAUGUAAAAAGGAAAAAGUCGGAUUAAAAAAAAAAAAAAUUGAAAGGAAAAACACGACACUUUCUAUAAAAAAAACAAAUGAUGAUAGUAUAAAGAAAAGGAAUGAAAAAGGAAAUAAAAUAAUAAAGAAUAACAAAUUUGUAUGCUUAAAAAAUAAGGGGACUCAAAUAGAAAAUAAAAAAAAUGGUAUAAUUAUAGAAGGAAAAAAAACAAAUCAAUUAUUAAGGAUGAAAAAGGGGAAGCAUCAAAAUAAAGUGGAAAAUAAUAUAAAUAAUAUAAAUAAUAUAAAUAAUAUAAAUAAUGUAAAAAAUAUAAAUAAUAUAAAUAAUAUAAAUAAUAUAAAUAAUGUAAAAAAUAUAUAUAAUUUAAAUAAUUCAAAUAAUGAACAUAAUUUACAUAAUAUAAAAAAUAUAUACAAUACAAAUAAUAUAUCAAACGAAUCCGAAAAAAAGAAAAUAAACAUGCAUUAUUUUAAAAAAGGUAUAAAGGAUAAGAUAGAAAAUAUGGGGAAUGUAAAAGUGUCUAGAGAUAUAGAAAAAAAGAGAAAGAACAAUCUUAUAAAUAAUAAAGAGGAAGGAUUGUUGCAUGAAUGUUUAAUAAAUGUUGAGAAAAUCAAAGGUGAACGUAUAUAUGAAUGGUAUAAAAAGUUUAUAAACAAUUCGGAUGAAAACGAAAAGUUGAAUAUAGAUGAUUCAAAAAAUUACAAUAACAAUAUGUGUGAUCAUAUAAAAAAUAAAAUCGAUGUUGUAAAUAUAAUUCCUACAAGUGAUACUAGACAAGAUAAUAAUAAAAAAAAUAAAAUGAUGAAAAAUAUAUCAAUGGAAUAUAUGACAGAAACGUGUGGAGAUGUAUCUACAUCUUUGAAAGGAAAUAUAAAUGAAAAGAAAAAUAUAAUAAAUGAUAAACAUGAAGGGAUAUACAUAAAACAUGACAAUCUUAAUCAAAAAAUUGAACGACAUGUUAAACGACAUGUUAAACGACAAGUUGAUCAAUCUAUAUGUCAUCAGGAUGAGAGUAAAAAAAAGAUAAUUCAAUUUAAAAGUGAAGAGAAUAAAACUCCUCAUACCUUUUUACCAUUUAAAAAUGAUAAGAAUAAAACAUAUUUAGAAAUACUAAAAGAUGUUAAUUAUAUAAAUAAUAAGACAGAAAUACAAAAUAAUAUUACAAAUAAGAAACAUGUUGAGAAUAGGUUUUCUGUUGAUGUAGCUCAUAAUAUAAAUUAUAAAAAUAUAGAUCAUUAUAAUGGAGAAAAUAGAAUAUUAUCAUCACAAAAACAAAAUAAUAAUAAUAUUAAUAAUAAUAAUAUUAAUUAUUAUAAUAAUAAUUGUACCUCAUAUUUAAUAAAUCAGGUUGAUUCUUUAAAUCGUUUUAAAGGGGUUGUCAAAAAGAAUGAUGAUAAAGAAAAGAAAAAAAUGGAAUCAAUUUGUAAAUCUGAGGGGAAUAAAAAGUCUCAAUGUUUAAUAAAUAAUAAAACAUUAUAUUUUACAUAUCCAGAAAAAAACAGUUCAUCAUGUUAUGAAAAUACUUAUGAUUAUAUUAAUAAUAUAAAAUAUGAGGGUGGGAAUAAAAAUAAUGAUAUUAAAAGGAACACUAAUUGUUUAUAUAUGACGAACGAACAGAAUAAUAAUAACAAGUGUGUUGAGAUAUAUACAAAUGAUGAAAUGAAAACACAUAUGAAGUCUUUUUAUUUUAAUAGAAAUUAUUUAAAUGCUACACGUUCUACAUAUUUAGCUCAUCAACAUUAUUAUAAUAACAUGACAAGUAAUAAUAAAACGCAAUGUUGUGAAAAGAAAGAUAUAAAGAGAUAG